GUUACGUUUUCAUUGCUGGUUGCUUCUCAAACUGGAAUUAGUGCUAGUUGUUUCUCAGAUACUCCUUGCGUCUCAGUCCUAUGCAUAUAUCUAGGUUGUCAAUUUUAUCACUCUAAUAUAAACUAUAUAUAUCACUCUAAUAUAAAUUAUAUAACACAAAAAUUAUACUUUUUGAAAGUAGAACAUCUCAAGUUUAUAUUGAUAUAUUUUUUGUAAUAUAUGACUUGUGUUAGGUUGGUCAAAUUGACGACCUAAGGGUAUGCGCACGCCCUAUAAAGUAUAAACUGAGAGAAAGGGAGUACCUAAAAUGGUUGCUUCUCAAACUGGAUACUGUCAUACGUACUGAAGAUGGUUGCUUCUCAAACUGGAUACCGUCAUACUGAAGAUGAUUACUUCUCAGAUCCGCGGGUACUACCGAAGAUGAGUUUAGUAUUUUCUCAGGUCCGCUGGCAGUGAUGUGUAGAAUUGGCACUAAUUGUUAUUUCAGUUCUCGUUUCUAAAUCGCUGGUUCUUCUCAAGCUGGAAUUGGUACACUAGUAGUAGUUUCUCAGAUCCGCGGGUACAGGUCAGCUAGUACUUACUGGUGAUAAAAUUUUCAAGGACCUGAGAGCACGAUUUGAUUCUGCCAUUGCCAUUGCAUAGAAAUGCAAGCAAGCAGUACAUAUAUAACUGGUAGUGGACCUAGUGGGUACCGCGUAGAACGCGGUUUGCAGUCGCUGUCCAAACGCGCUGCAGCAAGUCAGUCAACUCCGUGCAGAUUCCCAGUCAGUCAUUUAAAUCUUGUGGUCUACAAAAAUAUAAGGACAUAAGUACAUAGCCGAGUUCGAAAUUUUCCUCGCAACUGCCAGUCGUCUUCAAGUCCUCCAUUCUGUGUGCUAUAAACAAGGGCCGCCCCACAACGGAAUAAAAGAAAACGGAAGAGUCCGGAGUCGAGAGCAAAUACGCUAACAUCACUGUCUCUACUCCUGCAUUCACUAGAACGGAUAAGUAGUGUUAGAUCGACAGAGACAGAGGAGAGGCUGAGAUGCAGGCGCCGGCGUGUACCAAUGCUCCGGCGUGCCCGUUCCCCUUCGCCAUGAUGCAGUCUCAUGGUGCCAGGAUCGUCAGGUUGCACACCUACGACUGGGUUGCGCUGCUCCUCCUGAUCGCCAUGGAAGGUGUCCUCAACGCCAUAGAGCCGUUCCACCGCUUCGUCGGCGAAGGCAUGAUCGCGGACCUCAGAUACCCCAUGAAGAGCAACACCGUCCCGGUCUGGACCGUGCCGAUCGUUGCUGUCAUUGCACCUAUGCUCAUUUUCAUCGCCAUCUACAUCUGGAGGAGGAAUGCGUAUGAUUUGCACCAUGCUACAAUUGGUAUUCUGUUUUCUGUGCUGAUCACCGGCGUCCUGACGGAUGCGAUCAAGAACGCCGUGGGCCGUCCGCGACCCAACUUCUUCUGGCGCUGCUUCCCUGAUGGAAUCGCUGUGUACGACAACAUUACCACAGCAGUCAUAUGCCACGGCGACGCUAGCGUGAUUAAAGAAGGCCACAAGAGCUUCCCAAGUGGCCACUCUUCCUGGUCCUUUGCCGGCCUGGGGUUCCUGUCGUGGUACCUCGCCGGGAAGAUCACCGUCUUCGACCGACGAGGGCACGUCGCCAAGCUGUGCGUCGUCAUCCUGCCUCUCCUGCUCGCCGCCGUCAUCGCCAUCUCGCGGGUAGAUGACUACUGGCACCAUUGGCAGGACGUCUUCGCGGGCGGCAUCCUUGGAAUGGUGGUUGCGUCUGUUUGCUACCUGCAGUUCUUUCCACCACCCUCUGAUGACAAAGGUUUCUGGCCUCAUGCCCACUUCAGGGACAUCAGCGAGAGGGAAGAGGAGAGCCAGAGGCGGCGCGCUACUGAAAUGAGCAACAGUGGCUCAACCGCAAUUGUCCCUCGGCAAGGUGAGACGGGGGCAAACACGAGCCGAACGUUGGACGCGAUGGAGUCCGGUACGUAGGACAGGGCGAUGGCCCCAUGUAACAUGCAUGUAUGAUAGCAAAAAAAAAGUAACAUGCAUGUAUUGUGGCCUGUGGAUAGAUCCAUUGUCACCUACCCUAAGCCUUGGAGAUCUCAGCUUUCGAAUUCAAAAAUGUAGGGUUGGAAGUGUCACUGAA